CUAUACGUGAAGACUUUGACAGGGAAGGAGAUCAGUUUUAAGUUCGAUCGGCCAACGGCAGAAGUCACUGUGAAGCAGCUGAGGGGCCUGAUACAGGACAAAGAAGGGAUUCCUCCAGAUCAGCAACGAUUGAUUUAUGAUGGGAGGCAGCUGUUCGACUCGAGGCUUCUCAGGGCUUAUGGCAUCGUGGAUUACUCAACGGUGCAUCUGGUCCUGAGGCUCAUAGGGGAUUGAGGAGGCAGUGCAUUGUAUAUUUAUAGCCCCGGCCGGCAGGGGGCACGGUAAAAGUACCGAGCACCAUGCCAGUGGUUGAUUGGGUCUUGAUUUUACCUGGCGAGUCCGACAAGGGGUGGGAUUGUGGCAGCCUUCACCUGCACCUUACUUCCAGCAUGGGCAGGUUGUAUUAUAAUAUAGACACAUUUGUACAAUAUUGUCCACUCUUGUGUUCUUUGUUGGGCUGCUUUGAAAAAGGACUGCUUGGGACCAUGAAAUGGAGAAGAGUGGUGCAGGAUGAAUAAAUCUGAAUGUGCAGUCGAGUGUAGCUGCGCUUGGCUUCAUGUGGCUGCCGGGAAGCGUCAUGCCCUGAGCUGAGCUGGCACGUCAGACAUAAAGUUCAGAGCUUCAAAAGGAAAUGCAAGACCUGGAUUCAGCUACUGAGAAAAUGCUGCUUAGGGAACUCGGCUCACCACCAGUGGCCCUUUCAUUGCAAAUAGACCUUUUUUAUGGCAGACUGCUCUUAGCUCAGCUGCCAGCUCAGUGCGACGAUGCAUGCAGAAAGCAUCUGCAAAGAAGAAGAGUACUAUUAUAAAUAGGUUAUAAAUCAUCAUCAUGCACGAUUGCAUUUUGUAACAGCACUGAAUGGGUC